AUGAGUGAAAAAACACAGUCGGAUCCUAGUUCGUCCAUGUCUCUGGUUUCCAGGUUGGAUCAUCUAGAAUUCAUUAUGAAGUAUUUGGAAAGAAAGCAAACUUUGGCGAAAUUGGAGAGUAAUAAUGGUUCUACUUCUGCUGGAGGAGAACUGAAGAAGAAGCAAUGCAUGCCAGUGGAUCUGGCAUUGAAAGAGUCUUACUUUAAAGGCUCACUCAUGGAUAGAGUGGCUUCUCUUGAAAAUAGGCUUUUUCAGCUGUGCAUAGAGAAGGAAUCAAGCAGCUCAUCAAGCACUUCUACACAAGCAUCAUCAGGUGAAACCUACUGGAGCCACCAAUCGAAGGGCGAAUCAUCCUGCUCGCUCCCAACUUUCAAUUCCAAUAUCAAUCCCUUUCAUCUUCACAAUAUCCGACUCUCCCAAAUCCCUACCACCAGGCCUGACAUUCAGGAACAACCCGAUGGAGAGAAUGUCCUAGAGCAGAAGAAGAUGAGUUCAGGUUCUCCUGCUCAACGAAAUCAUAGGAAGAAUAAGAAGAAGAAGGCAACUAGGGCCAAUAAGGAUGAAAAAUCUCUCAAAACUGAGAAGAGAAUCUCUUCCAUUAGUUGGCCACACCUCAAAUUAUUGGGCUGCUAG